CGCGUACAUACACUUCGCGAAGCACUGGCGCGAACGGCCUUGUCCGCUAGCUCGGCGUUAGCCCACUGCCCACUGCUCGUGUCUCGCUACAAGUACCCAGCCGGUCACUACCGCCCUUCUCACCACUACUCUUCGCACUCACAACCCUUCCACCAAGACAAGAGCGCAACCAUGGCCGUCAUUCGCACCCAGCUCACCGACAUGUUCAACAUCCCGCACCCCGUGCUGCUCGCGGGCAUGUUCGUUGCCUCUGGCCCGCGCCUCGCUGCGGCCGUGACGAACGCGGGCGGCCUGGGCGUCAUCGGCGGUCUCGCUCUCAACCCCAAGCAGCUGCGCACGCAGAUUGCCGAGCUCAAGUCGUUCCUGAACGACAAGUCGGCGCCGUUCGGCAUCGACCUCGCGCUCCCCAAGAUCGGCGGCGGCGCGCGCGCCACCAACCACGACUACACCCACGGGCACUUGAACGAGCUGAUCGACAUCAUCGUUGAGGAGAAGGCGGCGCUGUUCGUGUGCGCGAUUGGCGUGUGCCCGCCCGAGGUCGUCGAGAAGCUGCACAAGGGCGGCGUCAAGGUCGCGAACAUGAUUGGGCACCCGAAGCACGUCGGGCCCGUGGUCAAGGCCGGCGUGGACAUUGUGAUCGCGCAGGGCGGCGAGGGCGGCGGACACACCGGCGACAUCCCGUUCUCGGUGCUCAUCCCCGCGGUCGUCGACGCCUGCUCGUCCCUCAAGACCAAGAAGGGAAACAGCGUCUGCGUCCUCGCCGCCGGCGGCGUCAACGACGGCCGCUCCCUCGCCGCCGCACUCAUGUACGGCGCACAAGGCGUGUGGGUCGGCACGCGCUUCGUCGCGUCCGAGGAGGCCGCCGCGCCCAAAAUGCACAAGCAGCAGAUCAUCAGCGCCAAGGCUGGCGACACCACCCGCACCCUCAUCUACUCGGGCCGCCCGCUGCGCGUGCGCAACACGCCGUACGUUACCGAGUGGAACGAAACACGUGCCCAGGAAAUUGCCGACCUGACCUCGCGUGGCAUCAUCCCCCACGAUCACGAGCUGUCCAAGAAGCCCGAGCGGUCGAUCGAAGGAAAGCUGUGGCUUAUGGGAGAGGUCGCGGGGAGUAUCACUGAGGUGCUCCCGGCCAAGGUAAUCGUUGACCAGAUGGUCGACGGCGCCAAGCGCUGCAUUCAAGGUGGUGUGUCCACCCUCAACGGCGGCGCGGCUCGUCUUUGAGCGCUAGCGAGUCUAUAGAUGUAUCAGAAGUAUUGCGUGGUGCAGUAGUGCAGUAGCGCGAUGAUGGUUUGGGCUGAAAG